AUGGCGGCUGCUGCUUACAGCAUCUCGCUCACGGAGCUGAGUCUCCAUCGCCAUCAAGACCGCCGGCGGUCUGCGCUUGCGGGGCCCCGAUUGGCGACUGUGAGGUGUUGCUCCAAGGGCCAGGUCGCCGUCGCCACCAGCAGAAGCGGCGUUGCGGAUCCUUCCCCCGUCUUCACGAGCCUCAAGUCGUUCGCGCCGGCGACCGUCGCGAACCUCGGCCCUGGCUUCGACUUCCUCGGUUGCGCCGUCGAUGGUGUUGGUGACUAUGUCACUGCUUCAGUGGAAGCCUCUGUCCGGCCGGGCACCGUCGCCAUCUCCGCCAUAUCUGGCGGCGCCGGUGCAUCCAAGCUCAGCAGAGAUCCCCUCUGGAAUUGCGCUGGGAUUGCGGCAAUCGAGGUCAUGCGGAUGCUUGCUGUUCGAUCAGUAGGCGUGUCGCUGCAUCUACACAAGGGGCUCCCCCUCGGUAGUGGCCUGGGGUCUAGCGCCGCUAGUGCUGCUGCGGCAGCCGUGGCUGUCAAUGAACUCUUCGGCGGACACCUCUCCCUGUCGGAGCUCGUGCUCGCUUGCCUGGUAUCGGAGGCGAAGGUGAGCGGAUACCAUGCCGAUAACGUGGGACCUGCGAUCAUGGGUGGCUUCGUCCUGAUUCGGAGCUACGAUCCCCUGGAAAUCAUCCGUUUGGACUUUCCGGCAGGUAGGGAACUGUUCUUCGUCCUCGUGAGCCCAGAUUUCGAAGCGCCGACGAAGAAGAUGCGCGCAGCGCUUCCGGCUGGUGUCAACAUGAAGGAUCACAUAUUCAAUUCCAGCCAGGCCGCUGCACUAGUCGCAGCAGUGGUUCAGGGAGACGUUAAAAUUAUCGGGGCGGCUCUUUCAUCCGAUAUAAUCGUGGAGCCGAAGAGGGCUCCAUUGAUACCAGGAAUGGUGGGAGUGAAGAAGGCAGCCUUGGAGGCUGGGGCAUUUGGGUGCACAAUAAGCGGCGCGGGCCCUACUGCCGUGGCAGUAAUCAACGACGAGGAGAAAGGGAAGUUGAUCGGUGAUCGGAUGGUCGAGGCAUUCCUGUCUGAAGGCGGUUUGAGCGCGAGCAUGACUGUGACCAGACUAGACCGUGUCGGUGCGAGGGUUAUCAGUAGCAGUGCGAACUAG